AUAACGCUCUUGUAAAAGACUCCUUCGAAAGGUGUAUGAUCACGAAAAAGAUCGCGUUCAAGGUUCAGGAGAUGGAGCUGGGAUUUGAACGACUCAGGAUGUUAACUCCGGUAGAAUUAAGCGAAUUGUCAUCCAGAGUAUUGAGAAUAUUCCAAGGUCCUUACGACGAGCGGAUCAAUGAGUUAAUCAAAACAAGCAAUUUUACAAGCAUGUUCAAAUGGAUAAUCCGAAACAUUCGGACUGCUACAGACACGGGGUCAAAGGUAAUUGUAGCACUAAAAUCAGCAGACCUAAACAAAGAACAAUCCAAUCAUCACAAUUUGCUGUUGAUUUUGGGUCAUUACUUGAAAUAUAACGGAGUGAAUACUGACGAAGUGAAGGUCUUUCUGGAUCAAUUAGAUCUCAAUGUAGACAACAGUUUAGAUUUGUAUCACAUCUUUGGACUUUGCAAGGUUUUAGUGAAGCAGCGUUCGACUUUCUUCUGUGCCGAAUGGAUUCUCACCUAUAUCAAAGACAUUUGUCGGACUCAUCAUACUAACAACGCCAUAACCGAAGCGAUUGUCGAGCUCUAUUCAGAUAUGGUUGUUUUCGUCAGUCCGCAUGAUGCGUUGUUCAACGAUACCAAUACCGUGCUACUGUCUUUCAUUCGAAAAGCCAACAAACGAAGUUACUCCGUCGCAUUGCAACGGAAGAUUUACGAUCAAGUUAAAUACCUUAUCAAGGCGUAUCCAGAUUACUACGAAUCGUUCGAAGCAAUCUAUUCCAGGAUGGUCAGUUUAAUUGAUGGCCCACACUUUGCCAUCAAGAUGAGUGCCGUGGAAAGUUUGCUCUAUUUGUUCGACGACAAGUGGGCUUUCACAGUGGAUACGGUAUCGGCUGAUUUCUAUCGCUUUCAACUGAAAUUAUACAAAUGUGUGACGUUUGCAAUAGAUAACACCUUGUGCAAGGAUGAGAAAGAGAAUCUAAUUUCUGCCUACAUGCAGUUGAUUUGUGGAACCAUUUGUAAAAGCUACUGCCUCAGAAAGAAUGCGACCUUGCAUUUGGUGGAACAGGCUUGUUUGAACCAACUGACGCAGCAUAAAAUCCACUCCAUUGCAAAACUAUUGAAAUGUGCUAUGGGUAUCGACCCGGCUGCCUUGAUCCAAGAUUCCAUGGAAGAUAUUCUGGACAUGUGGAUUUCCAAGGGACACAAACUUGCAGCAUUUCCUUGGUAUUUUACAACCUGCGAAUCACUGGAUGAGUUCAUCAAAAAGCAUCAGUAUGACAUUGCCUUUGCAAUCCUAUCAAACAGACCAGCGGAUUUGGCACAGUACUGUGAUAUUAUAAAGCGGACGCAUGGUGACGUUAUCAAGGUGAGUUGAUUACCUUUGGAAGUGACUACCUAUAAGACAGAAAGAUGAUUCCAUCUUGUCCACAACACAAUCACUGUUUAAUAGGCAAAUAGAAAUGAAUU